GUUUCCCUCUUUACUUCAUUUCUCUUACUCUUUUCUUCUUCCUCUUGUGACAAGUGAACAUCAAAAUGGAAGCCUUGCUACCUCUUCAUCUUUGCCAUUCUCUGUAUACCAGUCCACGCCCUCUGUACCCGCUGCGCUUCCUCUUUCUAAUCUUCACAAUAUCAAUAUCAUUCCUUGCUUCUUCAUCUCGACCUUGUCCAGAAUUUAAAUGCGGGUACUAUGUUUUUCCAUAUCCUUUCGGACAGAAGAACAGCGGCUGUGGUGAUCCCACGCUUCAGCUUGAGUGUGAUACUGGAGAGGGUAUGGCUCUAAUCAAUAUUGGUGGCUAUCAAUACUACAUACUGAGACUAUCCAAGAAGUGGGAAGAGGAUCACAUCAUGACAAUAAUAGACAAAAGUAUCCGGUGGAAGAGGUGCAAUCCAUCAUUGUUCGGUAGCCAUACAACACAAAUUUCGCUUAUCACUCGAUUUCAUAAUAACAAUGGCUACAAGAAUUUAACCGUAUGGGGGCAAUGCGCUAAAACAAUUCGGAGACGUAGUUUAGUGUCUCCAUUAUCAUGUAAUGCGAGUUGGUAUUUUAUUUUAAAGGAUGAGUCGAGUUUCGAAAGUGUGUGUAAAUCGCAGGUUACAGUCCAAGUCGUUAAUCAGGUCUCUGGAAUUCAAGAUGGGUUCCAAGUGACAUGGGAACCCAACAAAGCCUGCAAGGAUUGCGAGUCUCGCGGUAGGUUUUGUGCGUAUGAUAAAACCAGUUCGACGCAGAUUUAUUGCAAGCGGCCUAAAGGCAAGUCCCAAACCCUGAAAAUUAUUCUAGGUUCCAUCGGAGGCACCGGGCUCGCCGCAGCCGUAGUGGCGCUCUUCAUUUAUUAUAUUAGGAGGAGAAAAGCAUCUCCCACCCGUUGGAUUGCUAGCGAUUUCAGCGAUUAUCAAGGAACCGACAUAGAAGAAGGCCAGAAAGGGUAUAUGUUAGGUGCUUUGCGCAUAUUUCCUUAUCAAGAACUUCAACAGGCCACGAAUUUCUUCGAUGAGCAGAACGAGCUUGGAGAUGGCGGAUUUGGCGCGGUCUAUCUGGGCAAACUUGUGGACGGGCGAGCUGUAGCAGUGAAGAGGCUUUAUCAGGAAAACUCUCGAAGAAUUGAACAAUUUAUCAACGAGGUACAAAUCCUAUCCUCUCUUGACCAUCCAAACCUUGUUCGUCUCUACGGCUGUACAAGUCUGAAGAGUCCGAUUCUAAUACUUGUUUACGAAUAUGUGCCAAAUGGAACCCUGGCCGAUCAUCUGCAUGGAAGUCGAAGAAGUCUGAGAGGUUUGCCUUGGGGAAUUCGUUUAAAAAUUGCCCUACAAACAGCCCAGGCCUUGGCGUACCUCCACAGCAUCGAGCCACCCAUAUUUCACAGAGAUGUGAAAUCCAAUAACAUUCUUCUGGACGAAUAUUUCGGGGCAAAAGUUGCAGACUUUGGGCUUUCCAGACUGGUGCCGGUGAAUGUCUCCCACGUGACAACUGCUCCGCAAGGCACGCCAGGAUACGUUGACCCAGAGUACCAUGAAUGCUUCCAGCUCACUGAAAAGUCUGAUGUCUACAGCUUUGGAGUUGUUUUGGUGGAGAUCAUCUCUGCCAAAGUAGCCGUGGAUAUGAACCGAAAUAGAAACGAAAUUAGUCUUGCUACAAUGGCCAUAGAAAAGAUCAGAAGAGGUGUUUUGGAUGAAUUGGUGGAUCCUGAUUUGAAGAUUGAAAGCAAUCAUGAGGUGAAGGCCAUGGUUGCUGCAGUUGCCGAAUUAGCCUUUGAAUGCCUUGCAAGAGAAAGGGAUUUCAGACCAUCCAUGAACGACGUUGUUGCUCGUCUCGAACAAAUCAAUGAAAUGCUGCAGCAAAGCAUAGAAUCUUCCAAGUUCACAAGCAUCUCGAUCACAGCCUCUGCACUUUCAGUACCAAUCACGGGUAAAGACAGGAGUGGACAAUAUUGGGUUCCUUUGUCUUUGUAGUUAGUAUAAACAUGAGCCAUCUGUUUUCAAUGUAUUCAGUAGUUUCUCAAUAUACGUAUGAGAAAUAUAUAGGCCAAAAAUCGUUUCCGCUUGUAUAGCGGAAUUCUUAUUAAUUAAAUUACGCAUUACAGAGAUUUCGAAAAUCCACAUCUUUCGCUACUUCCCCCUGGAAUUA